CAACUGUCAGUCUAGUAGUACAGGUCUGAUUGUUGUCAUGAAGUCAAAAGGGUUUUAAACCAGUCAAAAUGCACAUAUGACGCCCACAUUGUUAAUAAAUGCACAGACAGUAUCAUACAUUGUACUCAAAGCAAUGACACACUAUAUGAAAUGUUAAAUAUAGAUCAGAAAGCACCGAACAGGACGACGCCAAAUAGGCUAGUGUGCGCAGGCAGGUAAUCGGAUUACACCUCUGAGAAACCACGCACGAGCUCAUCAUGUACUGUCUCUACUGAGCAAUAAAUUCUUCAUUUAACGUCUUGUUCUGACUCUCAUUCACAAUGCCGCUCUUUAUCAAUCGAGACCAGAUUUUUGCACAUCAAGUCCAUCUUCUAGAGCACAAACUACGGAGUAAAGAGGAGCGUAUUUUGGAGUUGGAAACAGAGAACGCUCUCCUUCAUUUGAGACUCGCUGAGUGUCUAGGUAAACUCCGCCAUGAGAGGAAGGAGGAAAUCCAUGUCCAGAGACAGAAACAUCAGCAGCAGCGGAAGGUGCAGAAGUCCACACACACAGCUCUCUCCAAACUUCUGUCUGAAGUUCAGAUGCUGAAACAGGACUUGAGGGAUGUUUUUACCAUCUACGUGGGGUUUGCUAAAGAGCUGGAGGAACAAAGCAAGCAGCUGUUUGAAUGUGUGGGCACUGCCAGAAAUGCUAUUCAGGAUUUCCAAAGUGAUGACCUUCAGAAGCUCCGGGUUCAGGUGACCGCACUUGAACGCUCUUUACAGGAAGAGAAGGAGAGGUGCAGAGAGGAGCGGGCGAGGAGGAGGCUGCUCCACAACACCCUGGUUGAGCUGAGGGGGAAUAUCAGAGUUCACUGCAGGGUGCGUCCAAUUCUACACUUUGAUCACAUCCCAGGAUCACCCACAACCAAUGGAUCUUCAUCACGUGAAGCAGUAGUGCAGGCGAUCAAUGAUGACUCUGUUUUUGUGAACGGUGCCAAAACCUCAAGUCCUGUAAUGAACAAAAUAUUUGAGUUUGAGAGAGUACAUGGUCCAGAAGACAGCCAAGAGACUGUGUUUGAGGAGGUGAAACCACUUCUAACAUCUCUACUUGAUGGGUAUAAUGUAUGUAUCAUGGCAUAUGGCCAAACGGGCAGUGGAAAGACACACACAAUGAUUGGCUCCCGAUCUGAGGAUCCCACAGCUGCAGUGCAGGACUCUCAACAGGGCAUCAUUCCAAAAGCAGCCAAUGAGCUAUUCAAGCUGAUCUCUGAGAAGCCAGCGGACAGUCAUACGGUGGAGAUGUCAGUGGUGGAGGUCUAUUAUAAUGAAGUUCUGGACCUGCUGGCCAGAGAUGAAGAUGGGGCGACAGUUGGGGUAAAGAGAGAGGUCAUCACCACCAGCACAGGCACCAGUGAGGUGCCCUGCCUAACAUAUGAGUUGGUGCGGAGCUCUGCAGAGGUAAUGCAGCUGAUCAAUUGUGUGUUAAAACUAAGAUCUCACAGUCCCACCCUGGUGCACAUGGACUCCUCCAGAUCUCAUUUCAUCGUCACUCUCACAGUCACCUCCAAAAGCCCAGAUGCACUGGCUCUAGCUCGUCGUCUGCAGAAUGCCAGACAGGAUGUCCAGCGGGUGUCUCAGAAGGAGUGGUGGAGCCCACGCUGCCGAGGGGAUGCCAAGCUUCUGAUAAUGCUGUGCGUAUCUCCCACUCAACGCUUCCUCACCGAAUCUCUUCAGUCCCUGGGGUUCGGUGCCCGAGCCAGACAGGUUCAGAGAGAGCCCCCACGGAGGAAAAACACGGCUCUGAAGAUGAAGUAA